AACUCUACAAAUAGGAAUUUUUUUUUCUUACCUACAAAGUGACUUGGGGGCAUAACUUUGAUGAACUGCAAUUUAUAGAUUUGUACAAAAACAUGCAUGCACUUAGUGACAAGCUCUAUUCCUUUCCACUUCUUUGCCUAAAACAAAAGAGUGAGAUGGGUUGUUUUCCCCUCGGCCUCCUUCCCUCUCCCCACCUUCUUCAGCUGAUGUGCUGUGCAGUUUGAUUGAAAUCAUUGACUUAGCAUCUCCACGUGGAAGAAUUUCAGUGUCCUGAUGACACCAUGCACCAGGCUGCAGUAGAGACUACAAUGCAACUCAAAGAGUUCAUGUUUUCCAGUGCUUACGCCCUGCAGGCUGCCUGCAAAAUAACCUUGUCUGUCAGGACAGUGCAAUGUCACUCACGUGUGCUCAGAGAUCUGUGUCUGUGCAGGAAGGGUGUGCACACUUGCGAGAGGGAGCAGGAGCCUACACCACAGAUGGACAGCAGCACAAAUACUGAUGAAGCUGGAGGAAGGUCCCCAGUCAUCUGUGCAGUACAUCUGGAAAUCCUGAUCUUGCCUUGUGUAUCUCAUGUGUUGCACAAGUAGGAGCCAUCCUUCCGAAGGAUAGUAAAGCAGAUAGUUGCAGGGUAAGUGAUAAAGGCCUGUGUGUGAGGAACCAGGAUCGGGAAUUGCUGAGGAUUUUUCUCCUUUCUUUGGGAGGCCGCAGGUAGGAAUGGAAAUAGACAUCAUUUGACAGGAGAGCCUCUUUACUGAGCUUGUCAUGGGGGGAGAGGGGGGCUUUCAUGAAAUGGGCAGUGCAGCUGCUGGAUGGACCAGACGACUUUCCUGGUGAGCCUGUGUCUGUAGUACUGAAUGGGUUGUGCUAACUUGUGGGGCCCCGGUGUCCGCCGGCCCUCAGGCUGGAAUUAGCUUACUUUCCUGGGGCUUUGUCUUUCUUAGGUCUGCCUUUGAAACCUGACUCUCUUUCUUCUGUUCCCUGCCGCAGCACAUCUGUGUCUUUGCUCGUUGCCUGCAGGUGGGCUUGUGUCAUCUAACAACGUUUCCAGGUUUAGUGGUCACCUAGUGAUUUUGGAACGGGUAAUAUGGCUUUUUCCCAGCUACUGUUUGGAGACUAGCAUGGAAGGGGCAGGCAGAAGAGCAUUGAUAAAUAAUAAUCAGUUUGGCAGUUCAUCAUAAUUAUUUUGUCCUACAAAAAUCACAAUUUUGACUUCAAGGGAUUGCAUUUAAAAGUGUUCAUAACAAAAUGAAUGAACAUGCCUCUUGGGACCCAGAUUCUGCAUAACUCGGCAAACAGCCACUGACGUGGAAUAAAUGUGUAUGUGCAGCUUAAGAAGACUUCUGCAACAGUUUGUGGACCACAGUCAAAUACCUUGCAAGCCAGUAGUCAGUUGUCUAUGGCAGAACUUCUCUACCCAUUUCCUUUGCUGGCUGCUUGUAGAUAAUGAAAGAAGUGGAAUGCUUGCUUCUUGUAGAACUUCCUAGAAACUGCAUGCAGCAGCUGUGCUCUUUUCCUGUUACUCUGCUUUGGAGUGUUUUGCAGAGGGUUUCCCAGAAUCAGAAGUAUCACUUUGUUCAUGGUUUUGAACGUCCUGGAGGAAAGAGGUGUGCUCAGUGGACAUCUUAUUUCAAUCUACUGAUGACGGGAGAGUCUAAUAAAAUUAUUUUGAUUCCAAAGCAUCCUUGAAUUCAGAAGAUUUGCCUUGCGAUAAAAUAGAAAAGUGGCUUGGGUUCCAAAGUAUAAAUGGAUGUUGGCUCCAGCAUGCAGCUGUCUGAGUUUAGGCUGCAUACAUCGACAUAGUUCGUGUCACAGGAUCAUCUCAUUGAUGCUCAGGUUCUUGUGGGGCUGGUGAAAAUAAGCUGACGCUGCAGGGAUGCAAGAGGAGCAACAGCCUGAGGCUGCUGCAGAUCCAAUGUCCUCCUCUGACGCUCCAGAAGAUGGCCCAAGGGAAACAUCAAGUGUGUCACAGAAUAUCUCUGAUGCAGAUGCAUUUAAAAUUCUUCUGGAGAUGAAGAUGAAGAAGAGGCAGAAAAAACCUAAUUUACCAAGCACUGUGACUGAGCUUGACACCGAGGAUGGUUCUAAAGUAUAUGUGGUUGGAACAGCCCACUUCAGUGACAGCAGCAAAAAAGAUGUAGUGAAGACAAUACAAGAAGUGCAGCCUGAUGUAGUUGUGGUGGAACUGUGCCAGUACAGAGUUUCUAUGUUGAAGAUGGAUGAAAAGACAUUGCUAAAGGAAGCCAAAGAAAUAAAUCUGGAAAAACUUCAACAAGCUAUAAAGCAGAAUGGAGUCAUGUCUGGAUUGAUGCAAAUGCUGCUUCUGAAGGUUUCUGCUCACAUCACAGAACAGCUGGGAAUGGCCCCAGGAGGGGAAUUCAGAGAAGCUUUCAAAGAGGCCAGUAAAGUACCUUUCUGUAAAUUCCAUCUUGGAGACCGACCCAUCCCUGUUACGUUUAAGAGAGCAAUUGCUGCGCUUUCUUUCUGGCAAAAAGUCAAGCUUGCCUGGGGCCUCUGCUUCUUAUCUGACCCAAUCAGUAAAGAUGAUGUGGAGAAAUGCAAACAGAAGGAUUUACUGGAGCAGAUGAUGGCAGAAAUGAUUGGAGAAUUCCCUGAUCUUCAUCGAACGAUUGUCUCGGAACGAGAUAUAUACUUGACCUACAUGCUGAAGCAAGCAGCAAAGCAGAUAGAACUACCUCGAGCUUCAGAAACUGAACCUAGAAAAUAUACCCCAGCUGUUGUAGUUGGUGUUGUUGGGAUGGGUCAUGUACCUGGAAUUGAAAAGAACUGGAAUUCUGACUUAAACAUCCAGGAAAUAAUGAGUGUGCCUCCUCCAUCAGCUUCAAGUAAGAUUUUCAAAUUUGUCAUAAAAGCAACUAUUUUUGGACUGAUGGGAUAUGGCUGCUACCGAAUAGGUCAAAGGACAGUUCAGUUCAUUCUCGCAAUGCCUGCAGCACAGAGCUAUCUUCAGAAGCUGACAGAAAUAAGGUCUUCGCAUUGGACACCGAGUGGAGUCGCUGUGUGAAGAAGUUGGCCGAAAAAGGCUGAUAGAGGCAACAAAUGUGAGCUGGACUGAAAGAAGAGUGAGAUGAGGAUUCUAGUCAGAGAUCAUUGAUGCUGAGCAACACUGAAUCGCUGUAUAAUAAAAGAUUUGGUACUAAAGUUACACCAGCUGUGACCUAAUGAAUAGGUUUGAUUUCUGGUUAAGUGCAUUGCAUGAAACCACGAUUCCAAAUUGAGUUGAAAGAAAUAUGUACGCAAAUAUAUUAUAUAUAUAUAUAUACAUACUGUAUAUAUAAUAUAUAUAUUACUGAUGAUGUAGUACAGACAGCUUAAAGAGUAUCUGUUUGUGACUUCUUUUCCAGAGGAACAGAACAACACAAGUAACCCCAUUGGCUGCAUCUGCUCUGAAGUUCAGGGACACUUGUCUUGAGUGAUUCUUUGCUUUUUUCAGCUUAGGUAUAAUAAUGCCUAGCGGUCAUUUCUGGUGCCAGACACUUUUACACAUAUUUUAGAAGGACAUCUUCUCAAUGUGUGUUUUAUACUUAAAACAUUUAGGCUUUUUUUAAACUUAAGAGCUUUCCAAAAAUUUCAGAAUUGUACAGGCUGUCGUACGUACACUGCUCAAAAUUUUUUACAAGCCUUACUGAAGAACAGGAACGUUGCCUUUAGAUUGCAUCCCUUGUUUCCACCACCACUUGAAUCAUCUUUCUCCUGCAUAGAGAAGGUAUAGACACACCAUCAGUAUGCUAUGAGGUUUGUGUCAGAUGUUUACAGGACACUGUGUUCCUUUAGAUUAGCUUAUUUAAACUGUAUUAUGUAGCCAAGUCCUGCUGGAUUCAGUAUUGUAAAUUUAAGAAACUAGAACUGCUUUUUCAUUUACUUUUGUUUCUUGGGCCUUUCAUUACUGAAACAAGAAGUCUGGAAUUGAUAGUACCUGCCCCUCAUUUUUUGAUACAUGAAAAUAUUUUAUUUAUCAAUAUGGUUUCUCCAUGGAUGACUAUUUUAAUCUAUUUAAUAGAAAAGCAGCAUUCAAUUUAGUUUUUCAAACUAGCAGUAGCAUUUUAUUUGGAUUACCUGCUAUUUAUACAUAGAGUUAUGUGUACUUCAGACUGCUGUGAUUUUCUUUCUUAAUUAUGCAGGACAGUCAUCCAUCUGGUUUGGGGUUUUUUUGGUUUUUUUUUAAUCUUGGGUUCAUAUUUCAUAGGAGUUUUUACGUUUUACCCUUUAUACAGGAUUGUCAAUGAUUGUAAAGCACCCUCUGCAAUCAGCUAGUCCCAGUUCAACAAUACAAAUACCUGUAAUUGUCAUAUCAAAGUUUUAACCUGAUGCAUUUGGAUGGAAGAGGCCCAUUUGCUCCUCAGGCUCACAUACAGUUGCUCAUUGCUUUAACUGAAGUUUUUGUCUGUAUUAAUUUCUUCUGGCAAUGAAAGAUAGGAACCAGUGUGUGAGGCAGGAUGAGGAAAUGGUGAUGUGUUUUGUGGUUUUGUUGGUUUUGGUUGGUUCAAUAAAACCAAGAAACCACUUCUAGUAGGUUUGUAUUUCCAAAGCCUUGUGUUGGAAGUCCUCCCAUACAGUCUAUUGUUUGCUGAAAGUAUGUACGUGUGUCUUCUGUGCAGUGUUGUCUUUGUCAAGCUUUUUAAAUCAAAUUAAGGGUCUAAUGCUCCUCUCUGGUGGCAUUGACUUUGGGAGCUGGUCUGUCCACGCAACCUGGUGCGUGUAUGCCUUGCACUUUGAAAAUUUUCAGAGUCUCAGUGCACAAAUCAUUUAAAUGUGUAGUUAUCUUUAAACUGAUUAAAUCUAACCCAAUCCUGCAGCUCUUAAGGAUGAUGCUGGGUGUUCUUCUGGAUCCAGGCCAUAGAGCUGUGCAGGGAAUAAACCUUAGCAAAUGAGAGUGGCAGCAAUUCACACUUCUUGGACACAAUAAUACGGAAUAAAGUGGAGGCAGGUCCUUUUAUUUUCCAUCUCUCAGUGCUUAAGAAACAACUAGGCAUCUCUAGAAAGAGGAAAAGCAGCAUUUGUAAACAAUUUAUAGAAGACUGAAGUGAUUGGCUGAGUUUUGAUUUCUGAUUUUUUUUUAAAGGUGUAGUGUAUUGUUUAUAUUUAAGCAGUCCUGUUUGAAUAAUUCUAUUACAUUUUAUGUACAUUUUUUAAAGAUGAAAUGUUAAGCUCAUUCUUCUGGCUUUACUGACAUAACAAAAUACUGUUUUGUUGGUUGGGGGUUUUUUUGAGAAUUUUUAGCUGGUAGAAUUCAAUAUAUUGAUGUUUUGCUUUAAGUUAUCUACAGAUUUUUAAGGUAUCUCCAGAUAUUUUAAAAGCUCUGUAGAUCUUUGAUAUCUGUGCUCAGGUAAUUUUACACAAAGAAAAACAAAUCUAAGGAAAAUUCUAGAUAUGAGCCUUAAACUUGGGUGGGACUAAUGCUAAAUUAUUGUCAUGGAGCAUUAUUGCAGACUUAAUGUUUUCUGCUUUUUUUUGCCAGAAAUGAUUACCAUGUAAGUUGUCCGCUCAUUAUCCAGUUAUUGUUUUUACAAAGCAUAUCAGCAGAUUCCUCAAGGAGCCUGUUUGUGGAUGGAGAAUUUGUAAUUUAUCUUCCCACUGUUGCAAACUGGCAGACCGUAGUAGGCAUGUGCUGUUUACUCAGUGGCACUGGAAAGCCUGAUGAUUUUGCAGAACUAGCAAUCCUAGGAAUUCCUACACAAAUGCUCAAUGUUGUAUAUUCAAUGUGUUGUACUGUUCAUGUAACAUAGCCAGUGUUUUAGGCCCAUUCUUUUCCAUUCUAGUCAGUCCUUUCAGUGUUAACAGCAUCCUGUAAAAUUUAAGUGUGUUGAAUUGUCCCAGCCCCACCUCUACCUUAUGAAGCCAUAUUGUAUUUUUUUGGUGACAUGUACAUCUGUUUUAUGCAUUUGUACAUGUGAUGUAAAUUUGAAGUAUUUUUAAAAAUGUGUGCCUUUACUCUGAAGUGAUUUAAAGGAAUCAGCAGUAUGUUCUAUGAUAUAAAAAUAAAAUAUUUUAACCACCAUUUCUGUUGAAGGCAUUUAUUUUCCUUAUUAACCAGUAUUUUUAUUGAGAACAAACACUGGUUAGCUAGAUCUAGUACAUGAUAAUUUCACCAUCUUGUACAUUUCUCUGAACAAGAAGGUCAGUUGGAGUAAAUACCUCCCACUGAGGGGCGUCUGAGUGUAGUGCUAAAGUAAGGAAGCUAGUUUCUCUACCUACUGUGUGUAAUUGGUUGAGAGAGGAAAGGAUAAGUUUUCCUGCCCUACUGAACAUGCAGGAAGAUUGGCUUCUCAAUGUUAGUACCUGAAUUCAGAGUUAGGCAUGCUAAGUGGACGACUUGUUUAAUUUCUUUUAACAUCUCUCCAGUGCAGGGUUGUGGAAGGUGCUGAUGGCCUUAGUCCCAGUCCAGCAAAGCGCUCAAACACAGGCCUAACAUCAGGCACAGUCGCUUGUGGUUACAGUGCUGUCCUUUGCAUGGGAACUAAAGACCCUUUCAGUGGAAAAGGUUACUGGCAAAAAGAAUGUAAUCUUUAAAAUUGAACCAGGUAAAUCAAUACAAACUUUUACUUCUUAAAAAAAAAACUAUUAAUAUUCAUACCUGUAUUCAUACUGAAAGUAAGUAUAUAUGAUAAGCUGUAUUCCAUACAGAUAAUGUGCCAGCUGAACAGUCUUCUGAUUGUAUACUUUAUCAAGAAGUGGUCCGUACUUUUUGAUUGUACGUGUGUAAAGCAAAGUACAGUCCUGUUUUUGUUGAUCAGGCAAAAUUCCUUUUGGUUAUACUUGAGCUGUGUCUGCAAAGAAGUGCUGGGUAAGCCAUUUAGAUGGAAGAAAAAAAUUUAAAUACUGUAGUCAAAUACUGCCUGUGGGACUGUUAGGUGACAUGGUGCACAGCACAUGAGCUGUCACAGGAUCACAGAAUGGUUGGAUUGGAAGCAACCUCUAGAGAUGAUCUAGUUCAACUUCCCUGCUAAAGCAGGUUCACUUAACAGCACGUUGCACAGAAACAUGUCCAGGCAGGUUUUGAAUAUCUCCAGAGGAGACUCCACAACCUCCCUGGGCAGCCUGUUCCACUGCUGUCAAGCAUUGUUCAGUCAGGCAGCCUGAGUUGGCACUCCCUCACGUGUGGAAGGCAGCUGCCUGCUUUCAGAGAGUCAUUCACCAGUAUUAGGUGCAUACUGCUGCCCUAGGUUGUGUUUAUGAUGUGUCUUUUCUAUACUGAAUACUGAACUAAAUUUAAGAAAUUGAUUAUUGAGGCAGAUUAAUAUUGCUUAGAUUUCCCCUGGAAGCUGUUUUUUCUCUGUGUAUUGUAAAACAUCUAAAAGGCACUGAGAAAUAUAUCAAAUUAUCUCAAAGUGCUAGGCAGUGGUGGGAACUACACAUGGAAAAGAAGCAACACACUGUCACUUGUGUAGCUCUAAAAUACUCAUGUAUGCAUCUUCCUGUUUCUGAAACUGAAAUAAACUUUUAUUUCAGAAUUGAA